AUGGCUACACCAGGGACUUCCGGCAGUAAACGAAAUAGUUGUACGACAGAUUUACAGAAUGCAAAGAGAUAUCGGAUAUGUAUAAAUACAUUAAAUCCAAAUAGUGAUCGAGUGAUUGAGAGCUGGCUUGCUGAUGAAGAUUCCAGUGGAUCGGAGUUUGACGAUGUUGGUGAAGAUUUUUGUCCAGAGCACAGUGAGCAUGAUACAGAUACUAGCACUGAUAUUUCUGAUACUGACGAACCUCAACCUGAACACCUGGAAGCGCCGAAAUCGUCAUCAGAUGAAGAUGUUCCUCUAUCAAGGCUUGGUUAUUUUAGAGGCAAAAAUAAAUGUAAGUGGUCUAAACUACCUCCAAACAGAUCAUCAGUUAGAACACCACAACACAAUAUUAUUUCCUGUGCACCCACAUCCAAUUUGACUGAAAAUGAUAAGAAAGAUCCUUAUUCUUUAUGGAAACAAUAUAUAAAUGACGAGAUGUUAUCGGAGAUUUUACUCAGGACCAACGAAAAGCUAGCCGAAUAUAGAUCUAAAUAUAUAAAGCAAAAUCGUCCAGAGCUGAAAGAUAUCGAUAUAAUUGAGUUAUUAGCUUUUAUUGGUCUUCUUAUGUACACAGCCGUAUUCAAGUCUAAUCACGAAGAUGCAGAUUUGAUAUUUGCUACUGAUGGUACCGGAAGAGACAUUUUUAGAUGCGUUAUGUCCAAAAACAGAUUUCUGUGCUUACUUCACUGUCUUCGGUUUGAUAAUGCACUUGAUAGACCACAGAGAAAGGAAACUAAUAAAUUAGCUGCGAUAUCAGAUAUUUUCAACAAAUUUGUAUCAAAUUGUCAGAAGGUAUAUAAUAUACGUCAAUUUGCUACAGUUGAUGAAAUGCUAGUUCCAUUUAGAGGGCGGUCAUUUUUGAUGAUAUACAUGCCAAAGAAGCCCGCUAAAUAUGGACUAAAACUGAUGUGCUUAUGUGAUGCCGAAAAUGGUUAUUUUUAUAAUUGUUAUGUGUAUUGUGGGAAAAAUUCAGAUGGAGAAACACUAACUGAUGAAGAAAGAAAGCUUUUAGUUCCUACGCAGGCGGUAAUCCGUUUGAGUAAACCAUUACAUGGCAGUAACAAAAAUAUAACGUGUGACAAUUGGUUCACGUCAAUCCAAUUAAUUGAUGCAUUGAAGCAGAGAGGAUUGACCUGUGUUGGAACAUUAAAAAAAAAUAAAAGAGAAAUACCCUCAGAGUUCUUGCCUGCUAAAACGAGACGAGAAAAAUCAACCUUAUAUGGUUUUACCAAAGAUAUAACGUUAUUGUCUCAUGUUCCAAAAAAAGGAAAAGCAGUCAUUUUAGCUUCAUCAAUGCAUCAUAAUGAAGGGACAAACACCGACUCAGGAAAACCUGAAAUAAUACAUUUUUAUAAUUCUACAAAAGGUGGUGUAGAUGAAAUAGAUAAAAAAUGCUCUGUGUAUACUUGCAGCCGCCGAUCAAGACGCUGGCCUAUGACAAUUUUUUACCGGAUGUUGGAUAUUAGUUCCGUCAAUUCUCAUCUUUUACAUGAUGUACAUGUAGGAAGACAAACUGAUAGAGGAUCAUUUAUAAAAAUAUUAGCUCGCCAGUUGGUAUUAGAGCAUAUAAAGCGAAGGUUUUGUAACCUGAGGUUGCCCCGUGAACUAAGAAUGAGUUUGGAAAAAGUACUCGGUUUUGAUAAGCCAGAAAUAUGUGAAGAUGAAGCUGGGGAAGUCAAGACACGAAAGACUUGUCUUUCAUGCCAACCUAAACUCAAAAGAAAGUCGACCUAUAGAUGCUAUUCGUGCAGGAAACACGUUUGUUUGCAGUGCGCGAAACAAGUGUGCCCUGACUGUGCUUAA